AUUUUUUUAUUUAUAAGAUUAUUUCUUUAUAGUGCUUUAUCAUAUUAUCUGUGAUGAUUGUUGCUAUUGGAGCUCAAAGACUUGUGCAACCAGAACAAUAUGCACCGAUUCCCUACUCUUUUAGCUACGCAUCAGAUCUCGAAGAUGGCGGCAGAAAUGCACAUCAAGAAGAAGGGGAUGGCAAUGGACGAGUCUCCGGUUCAUACACAGUCCAGGGAGAGGAUGGUUUGGGCAGAGUCGUCGAUUACAUUGCUGAUGAAAAUGGUUUCAGAGCAACCAUCAGAACCAACGAACCAGGAACUGCCAACCAAAAUCCAGCUGAUGUAGUUAUU